AUGGCCAACGACUCUUUGUUCGCCGGCAUCCGUUUUGAUAGAAAGAAAUUCGGCGCAGAUAUUGCCAGGUUUCAGAAAAAAACUGCCGAUACUAGUUCGGCGAAGAUUCAGAGUGUGACAGAAGAUGAAGAAAUCAAGGAAACAAUAGAAGCUGUGUCUUCAAAGAAAAGGAAGCGAAAGAAAACCUCUUCUGAAGCUGUUGGUGGAUUCAGUGUGUUCCGAAGUUCAACAUCGAAGACAAAUGAAAAAGUCCAAGCCGGUGAUGAUGAGUCUAUUCGUCUGAAGAAAGAAAAAAAUAAACAACUCGAGCGUGAUGCUAUCUUCAGGAAGAGUCAUAACAUUCAUGUCUCCGGUUACAAUGUGCCGUCCCCACUUCAAAGCUUUGAUGAGUUGAAAACAAGUUAUAAAUGUCCAUCCUAUUUAUUGCGGAAUCUGGCAGAACAUGGAUUCAGAGAACCAACACCAAUCCAACAGCAGGCUAUUCCAGUACUCUUACAGGAUCGUGAAUGCUUUGCCUGUGCCCCAACCGGCUCUGGAAAAACCCUUGCAUUUGUGUGUCCCAUGCUCAUGAAGCUCAAGGCUCAUUCAAAAGGUGGCGUUCGAGCUGUUAUCAUCUGCCAUAGUCGUGAAUUAUCUGGUCAAACAUACCGUGAAUGCAAAAAGUUUGCCAAAGGGGAAAAGUUUCGUAUCAAGUUAAUGACAAAACAUCUUUUACAAGGUUCAGAUUUUUCAAAAUUUCCUUGUGACAUUCUUAUAUCCACGCCCUUUCGAUUACGCUUGGCUACCCAGAGGAAAAAGCUUGAUCUCAGCAGAGUUGAGUAUCUUGUCCUUGAUGAGUCUGAUAAGCUAUUUGAGCCUGGAAUGUUCAAGCAGAUUGAUGUUAUUAUUAAAGCGUGCACAAAUCCCUCAAUAGUACGCUCUCUGUUCAGUGCUACUUUACCUGAUUUUAUUGAAGAUAAAGCUCGAGAACUUAUGCAUGAUGCUGUUCGGGUAAUCGUUGGCAGGAAGAAUAUGGCUUCUGAAACAAUUAAGCAGAAGCUGGUUUUUACUGGAAGUGAAGAAGGAAAACUUAUAGCAAUUCGGCAGAGUUUUGCAGAGAGUUUAAAUCCUCCAGUGUUGAUCUUUGUCCAAAGCAAGGAGCGAGCCAAGGAGCUGUAUGGUGAACUUGCAUUCGAAAAUAUUAGAGUUGACGUCAUCCAUUCUGAUUUGUCUCAAGAAGAGCGAGAAAAUGCAGUUGACAACUUCAGAGCUUGUAAAACAUGGGUUUUGAUUGCCACUGACGUGGUUGCUCGAGGAAUGGAUUUUAAAGGCAUUAACUGUGUGAUCAAUUAUGAUUUCCCAGAUUCUGCAUCGGCAUAUAUCCACAGAAUUGGUCGAUCUGGCAGAGCAGGGAGGAGUGGCGAAGCGAUUACAUUUUACACAGAGGAGGAUAUUCCAUUCUUGAAGAACGUAGCUAAUCUAAUGGCAUCCUCAGGCUGUGAAGUUCCAUCCUGGUUGACGGAUUUGCAGAAAAAGAAGUGGAGGAAGCACCGACCCAAAAGAGAUUCUAUCUCAACUAAACCUGACAAAGUUGCCAAAAAACAAGUGACAGAAAAAGCAGUGGAGGAAGCACCGGCCCAAAAAGAUUCUAUCUCGACUAAACCGGAUCUUUAA